GAAAAAAUUUCUGAAGAAAAUUCUAUCUUGUCUUUUAUUAUAGACACCAUUUGUUCACAAAAAUUUUAUUUUUAUUAAACGAAUAUUUAUACAGGAUGUUCACGUCAGUUCAAUAAAGAACUGUUAUCAAUGUGGGUCCUGUCACUAUAUAAGUUUAAAAUAUACUAGAAAUACAGGAAUUCAAUCAUUAGAAGUUUACAUAUGUAUAGAUACAUAUUAUCAUAUAGUUAUAAAAGGUAAAAAUGUUAAAAAUGUUAAAAGUUUUCUUCUAAGAGCUUAUUAAAAGAGUUAAAAUCUUCAGUUUUACGUGUAUCCAGGGGCAGAUUGUUAUAAAGUUUCGCUCCCAUGUAGUAAAACGAUCCUCUGCUAUAUUCUAACCGGAUUUUUGGCAGUUUAGCUUUGUAUCCGUUAUUUCGGGUCAUCGUGCUAUGUUUGUGCGUUUCAAAAUAGUUUAUAAAAUUCGACACAGAAAAGAAAGAAGCCAGGAAGAUCAUCAAGCGGGUCCCCACGGCCAGUCAAAAUGUGUAGAUCUUGUGCUUCAAAACACGAAACACAGCUUUCAAGUGACCGGGACAAAUGGCCCAUUGGUAAAAUCGAAAAUGGUUGUUUUUACAAAAUUUGCAAUCUACUCGACUUAGCUUAUCUAAGCAACGAACCACUUAUGAACGCUUUAGGUUGCUUCGACCAAACAACGGCUGCAGGUAUUGAAAAGAAAUAUGAAAGAGAGGGAGGAUUGGGGAUUGCCAAAGAAGUACUCGGUAAGUGGGGAUCAUCAAAUCAAGAAAAUAAUGUGGGGGCUCUUAAGAAGAUUCUUGAAGAUACCAUGAAAAGGGUUGACGUUGUUAUCGAGAUUGAAAAAUGGGAGAGUUUGUCUGUUUGUCAUGGAUGCGGUAUUACUAUUAAAUUGAGCAAACCACAGUGAUCUCAACAACACUACUGUACAAAUUAAAUAACAUUUUGUCUAUUCCAAAUAUAUAUUUCUAUAAAUAAUAAGUGUACAAAUUUAAUAACAUUUUGUCUAUUCCAAAUAUAACGGCCAAAUAAAAGCUCAUGUUUUUGUACAGACAGAUAAAUAACAUGGUAAUUUAGGAUAUUAAUUGGUAUUUUAGUAAGUUAAUUCUGUAAUUUUUCUAUUCCUUUUGCUAAAUGGUAAUAAUCCAUUUAAUUUGCAAAAAUCAUUUAGUUUUGUCUAAAAUAACUUUAUGACUUCUAUAUGAUUAACAGCAAUUGCAGCUAAUUAUAAAAUUGAUUAACUACUACCACUAAUAUGUAAAUAUUCUUAGAUCCUUUUAGAGAGAGUUAGUGUAUAGUAUUUUAAUAUUCUUAGAUUAAUAUUCUUAGAUUAAUAUUCUUCCUUUUAGGGACAGUUAGUGUAUAGUAUUUUAAUUUUCUUAGAUUAAUAUUCUUAGAUUAAUAUUCUUCCUUUUAGGGACAGUUAGUGUAUAGUAUUUUAAUAUUUUCUUAACUUGUAAAUAUAAGCGUAAUUCAGCCUAUUUGGCUGUAAUGUUUUUAUGUAAAUAAAUAAACCAUCUAUCUUUCUAUCUACAGGUGUAUCAGAAAAAAAGUAGACAAUCUUGAAACGGCUCUCAAUUUCACAAAUCUGUUCGUGUCAUGAAAUUUUUUAUAAAUAUAGAUUGUUUGGGUACUUAUAAUGUAGAAUAAACAAAACAAUUUCGUAAAGAUAAAUUUUCCAGAGCAGGGGGUGUCUUUUUUAGCAGCAUUAAAAAUAGCUUGCGCGCAAAAUUUAAAAGGUUGAAAUGCAUUUUGAGUUCAUGGGCGAAAAAUUUGUUAUGUGUUUUAUUAAUGGUCCAUAAUGUUUUUACAAUCUCAAAAUGCAAAUUAGGUAAAUGCAUGAAUUAUGCAUGCGUGAAAGGCAUUGGUGCCAAAAAAUGAAAAUUU